CGCCGCUGUGGUGCCGCAGCUCCAGAGUCGGGGAGUCGCCCCCCGCACCCGCGCCACUCCCGGACCCUUCAGGGUCCCACCCUCCCCCCAAGAUGGCAGCAUCGGAAGAAUUUCUGCCACUGCGGCUACCUGAACUGUUUGAAACCAGCAAGCAGCUCCUGGACCAAGUGGAAGCAGCAACUGAACCCACCGGUUCCCAGACGGUCCAGGACAAAGUGCUCAAGGGAUUAGAUCUCCUUGGGAAAGCUGCUGAAAUGUUAACACAGCUUGACUUGUUUAGCCAAAAUGAAGAUUUGGAAGAGAUUGCUUCCACCGAGCUGAAAUACUUGAUGGUGCCAGCGUUUCAAGGAGCCCUCACCAUGAAACAAGUGAACCCCAGCAAGCGUCUAGAUCAUUUGCAACGGGCCCAGGAACAUUUUAUAAACUACUUAACUCAAUGCCAGUUGUAUCAUGUGGCAGAGUUUCAGCUGCCCGAAAUCGGGAACAAUUCAGGUGAAAAUAACACUGCUAAUUCCUCCAUGGCCUAUUCUAACCUUGUUGCUAUGGCAUCUGAAAGACAGGCUAAAAUAGAGAGAUACAGGCAGAAGAAGGAGGUGGAGAACAGGUUGUCGGCACUGAAAUCUGCUGUGGAAAGUGGUCAAGCAGAUGAUGAUUGUGUUCGUGAAUAUUACCUCCUACACAUUCGGAGGUGGAUUGGUAUCAGCUUAGAAGAGAUGGAGAGCAUUGACCAGGAGAUGAGAAUCCUGAGAAAAAAAGACUCUUCAGAAGAGGCAUCAACAUCUAACUCAUCUCUUCAGGAAAGGCCUCCACUGAAACCCUUUAUUCUCACUCGGAAUGCAACGCAAGCCAAGGUGUUUGGAGCUGGUUACCCAAGUUUGGCAACCAUGACUGUGAAUGACUGGUACGAACAGCAUCAGAAAUACGGAGUAUUACCAGAUCAAGGAAUAGCCAAGACCCCAGCUGACUUCCAAAGAGCUGCUCAACAAGAAGAUGACAAAGAACACGAUGAGGAGGAGGAGGAGGAGAACACACUUCACAGAGCAAGGCAGUGGGAUGACUGGAAGGACACUCAUCCCAGAGGGUAUGGCAACCGACAGAACAUGGGCUAGGCCUCUCCAAAUCGGAUAGGACUGCACUGCACACACCUUUCCACCAGGGUAGAACCAUCCUCCCCCUCCCUGGGCUCCUGCUUCAGCCAUGUGUGUACAACAAAAGCAAAGAUGGUAAAUCUCACUUUGCAUUUAAUAAAGUGUUGAAUGAUGAUUAAGUGUGUAGUUGUCCCCUAGAUGAUAAGCCAACAAUCUUGUUUUUAGCAUUAUAAUCUUCAUCAUGGUGUUUUAAAUUUCUUAGUGGAAGGAAAAGAGCGUUGAGGAAUGGCUGUGUAUAAUCACUGUCUGUGUGAUUUCUCUGAAAAACAGUAACAGUACAACUUCAUUGUACUGUUAAAAAAUGUUCCAUGCAUAUUUUGUAAAUGUCUGUGAGAUCUGCUUGCUAUACAAUAUGACUUAACUCUGAUGUAUCUUUGUUGGUUUUCUGUCUGAAUAAUAUUAGUUUGAUGACUGUGGAAUAUUGCCCGCCCCCAACUAUCUUUGUGUUGGAAUCUGUGUCUCCCCUUAGGUCUAAUGAUAUUUACUUUGUAAAUUUAUAUGGUCUUAUGUUGGUUAUAUAUAUUCAUGUUUAUUAAAUCUCUUUGCCAAAAAUUA